AUGGGGACAUCCAUGUCGCCAUGUGUAAAAAGCUUCAACUUUUUAACGGCCAACUUGACCAACAACCACAUACCAUGGUACUUCCCACACCAUCCAUCUCCAUCCAUCUACAUCCAUCAGCUGCUAACGGCCGCGCAGAAACUACCACGAGCGUACUCCCUCCCCAAAUCGUCGUCCUCGCCGCACUGCGACUGUCUGAGCGACGGCGCCAUCGCAGGCAUCGUGGUCGGCAGCGUCGCCGGCCUCGCCCUGCUGUGCUGGAUCCUCAAGUGCACCCUCUUCUCGACCCGCAAGUCGCGUCUCACUGCCUUCACGACGACGACGUAUAAGCUGCCCUACGCCAGCCGACGACAGAGCCAGAGCCACACGCGAAAGGAGACGUACUAUGUGUCUGAGCCGGACGGCAGACAGGGAAUCGAAGUUGAGGCUCACCAGGCCGGGAUUACAGUCAAAAGAGAUCAGGAUAUACAAAAGAGUGCGUCUGAAGCUACGCCGGUAAACAUACAAGAAGAGACAGGAAGACAGGAAGAGAUGGCUUCAGCAGACGCGUAUCAACCUCUGGCGCCACAGAAGCUGUCACGCUAUCGAUCCGUCAGGGCUCCCCAGGACGGUCUUCCCGGUGGUGCUGGCGGUGCUGGCGGUGGUGCUGCUGCUGGCGGCGGCGGUGGUGACCAGAGUGCAUCCAUCAGCCGGAGCAUGUCUCGCUACAGGAAGAAACCUGCCAGAGUGCCGCCUCCUCCUCUCCCGCUGCCUCCAGACUCGCAGCAGCAGCAGCAUCGCAACAGCCACUACGACUACGACUACGAUCAGGAUGCGCUCCCGUCGUCCUCCUCGCGCAGGGUCUCCAUGCCACAGGCUGCCCCCGUCGUCUCCCCGCUCCAGCCCAGCGCAAGGCCGUCACUCGACCGCAGCUCGACCAAUCGCCACUCGUACGCAAACACACCACAGUAUGACAGACAGUUCUUCGACGGGAGAGAGAGCUAUGAGACUCACCCGUCAUCCCCUUCUGCCGCUGCUGCUCCGUACUUUGUUGUCGAGCCAGGCAUGGGACCAAACACCUUUGACCCCCGGCAGGAAGAGGCAGCAGCGGCAGCAGCUCAAGCCACAAAAAAGAGCAGAGGGAAGCUCUUCAAGGAGAAAGGAGGCGGCCUGCUGGGAAGAUUCAAAGGAGAGGACCGCUCGCACAAGGAGAAGAAGAAGAAGAAGCAGACAGCUGAGGUGAAUACGUCCGGCGCUGGUGUCGAUGCACCCGUCUCGGCUGUGAACGCGGGAGAGCGCAAGGUGAGGGUGACAUGCAACGAAUCCUCCGUCAGCCUGCCUGUCACGCCCUCGACGCAGGCACAGGACCUCAUCCACGCUGCCGCGGACUGUCUGUCGGAGGGCAUCGUCCCGGACGCGGCCAUCAUCGUCGAGUCCUUCCAGCAGCUCAACCUGGAACGGCCGCUGCGCCGGAAGGAGUACAAGCGGCUGAAGCCUCCGAAGCCCCUGUGCUUUGCCAUCAAGAGCCAGCAGAAGUCCGCCAUGUUCCUGACCACGGAGAACUAUGUGCACUACUUCUGCACCAAGCACGAGGACGUCGGCGGCGCAUGGCACAAUGCCGUGCAGGAGUGGCGCAGCUGGUAUCUCGUCAACGUGAUGGGCGAAGGGACCAGGAAGAAGGCCGCCCCCGACGCGGAGCAAACCAUCGCUGAGACGCCCUACCACGAUGGCGACGAGGCCGCCUACGACGCGCCAACGGGCAAGAAGUCGAGGCCCAGCUCGUUCAGCGCCGCUCCCUUGGUCCAGCAUGCCGCCAACAAGGAGGCCGUCGUCUCUACCACCAAGCAGAAAGUACGGGGCAGAAGCAAGUCCAUCUCCAAGAAGAAGACGGCGGCAGCGGACGACCCUCUCGACGAAGAGCAGCCCUUUGCCGCCAGCGGCCUGCUGGGCCGCACCUACACCCAGCGGCACAAGGCGAUGCUCGAACGUGAAAAGGAGCAUGCGCCGGCAGACGAUGGCCCCUUUAUUUCUACAGGUCUACUUUCCAACAUCCGUCCCGGAGCCCCUACAUCGCCUGUAUCCAACCACUUCCCAGACCACCACCAGCCCGUCUACCCACAGCAGCAGCAGCAGCCGCACCACUACGGCACCAACCGCUCCAACACCAUGACCGUCGACCCCAGACCGGCAACAACAUCCUCUUCCCAGCAUCGCUCAAAGUCCACCCGCCACCCCCCCAAGCCGCUCGUAGACCUGACGCCAACCUACAAGGAACCGCCCCAGCACGCCCGCAAAGGCCGCGGCGUAGCCCCCAUCCAAGGCCUGCCGCUCGUCGAAAGCGCCACGGGCCCCGAACUCCAUCCGAAUGCCAUCGUCGUCCCACCGUCAACCACAUGGCGCAAACCAGGCCGCACCGGCACGGCGACGUCUGACCCGUCCUACGCACGAGACACGUACCCGUCUUCCCGCCAUCGCUCCAACACCGGUGGCGCCAGCAGACAGCACCAGCAUCAGCAUCAACAGCACCAGCAUCAGCAUCAACAGCACCAGCAUCAGCAGCACCAGCAUCAGCAUCAGCAGCACCAGCAGGGGGGCGGUCCACUGCUGGACAUGAACGCGGGAUACCCAGGCCAUGUUCCGGGUUCGUUCCCCUUUGUGCCAACGGGACUGGUUGCGCAGGCGGGCAUGUCGCAGGGAGCGUCCAGCAAGGGACGGGGCGUGGCUACGGGCGACCGCGCCAGGUCGGGCAAGCCGCUGCUGGACAUGAGCAACGUUCCUGUGAGCGAGAUUCGGAGGGAGAGAGACGACGAGAGCGGGUAG